AUGAAUCUUACGGAGUGUCCAUUUCGUAACGAAGUGAGCACAGCAGCAGCUUCACCAGUUCAUGAACGGGAUGGGCUGCAAUAUGUUCAAAGCAGAGCAAUGCGAUUUCGAUCUUCACGACCAGCUCUUGUGAAUAAGGCCAGUGAUGUGAAAGCAGGCUCUUCGGGAGGUGUUUCAAUAAUUUCGAGAAUCAUCGAAGAUAGCCAUGACCCAGUUUCACUCACAGCUUCACUCAGAAGGCAAGAUGGACGGAACAAGUGUGUCUUGGAUGAUUAUGACGACAGUGAAGCUAGCUGCAGCCAGCUGAAACCUGAACCUGCCCCAUCUUCCACAAAUGGUCAAGCAAAUGGUGACGCAGCGCGCCAUGGAUGGACAGAUGCCAUGCGAGAGGCUCUUGUUGUGAGCAUUCGCCAACGCAAUGUGCUUUGGGACAGAUAUCACCCUCUAGCCAAUAACUCUUCAUUGAGAACGAGACUGUGGGGCGAGGUGUCUCAGGAAAUGCUCGAUCAGUUCGGUAUUCUGUUUUCAGUGAACGAGUUGAGGAGAGUAUGGAAAAAUCUGAGGCACUCUUAUCGGAGUGUACGUGAAACGAAGAAGAAACCUUUGAAGGAGAGCCGAUGGCGUUUACUUGGUGCAAUGAGUUUCCUGGAAUGCGACAUCACAGCAGAAAGGACAACAGAAUCAGAUCACGACUCGGAAAGGUCGUCCUCGCCAGAGGGUCUUGAAACUCUCUCAUCAGGGAUGACCGAAGCGACAUCUGCGUCUCGCAGAACAGAGCAACCGUCUCGAGAACAACUGGUGGAUCCAGUUGCAGACUCGGUUGAGUCGAUUGCCAAGCAGGUGGGCUAG